CUGAUCCGACUGCUGCUGCAUGAGCACAGUGUGCACACCCUGCUAACGAGCCAGACAGUGUUAACAGACCGAAAAAUGUCGGGGAAGAAUUUUCGAGUCAGCGACGGGGACUGGAUUUGUCCUGAUAAAAAGUGUGGAAAUGUGAACUUUGCUCGAAGAACUAGUUGUAACAGAUGCGGAAGGGAGAAAACCACAGAGGCAAAGAUGAUGAAAGCAGGUGGCACAGAGAUUGGUAAAACUCUAGCUGAGAAGAGUAGAGGCCUCUUCAGUGCAAAUGACUGGCAGUGUAAAACAUGCGGCAACGUGAAUUGGGCGAGGAGGUCAGAGUGCAACAUGUGUAACACACCGAAAUAUGCCAAGCUUGAGGAGAGAACCGGGUAUGGUGGAGGAUUUAAUGAAAGGGAGAAUGUGGAAUACAUUGAACGAGAGGAAUCGGACGGUGAAUAUGAUGAGUUCGGUAGGAAAAAGAAAAAGUAUCGUGGAAAGACCAGCAGCACAUCUUCCUCAAAAGAAAGUGAAAAGAAAGAAGUAGUAAAAGGUGAAGAGGAGGAAGAGGAUGACGAAGAUGAUGAAGAGGGUGACCUUUCCAAAUACAAACUGGAUGAUGAUGAUGAUGAUGAAGAAGAAGAUGAAGAAGACAACGACGGAGACCUAUCAAAGUAUGACCUGGACGCCAGUGAUGAUGAUGACAAGCAGGCUAAGAAAAAGGGCAGCCGAUCGGGUUCAUCCCGUUCUCGCUCAUCCUCGCGCUCCUCCAGCUCCAGUUCACGGUCGAGGUCCAGGUCCCGUUCUAGGAGCUCAUCUAGUUCCCGAUCUGGAUCUCGAUCGAGGUCCCACUCCAGAUCCAGCUCCAGGUCUGGAAAGGGCUCCUCUCCCCGCAAGAGGUCCCGCUCACCUUCCUCCUCACCUGAGAGGAGACAGAAGCGCAGUCGCUCCAGGUCCUCAUCUGGAGGGAGAAAACGGAGGCGCUCUAGAUCACGUUCGUCCGAAAGGUUUGGGUUUCUGUGGAAUACCACAAUGGCACUGAUUAUUAUUAGCCAUCUAUCGCCUCGCUUAUGGGAAUUCAAAUUUACAGAAAUAUGCUCACAUUUUCCAUUGUUGUAAUUCUUUAUAUCUUUACAUCUUGUGACCUUUUACUUGUUUCAAGUAUGCAUAACUGAAUGUAUAUAGCUGAGCCUGCUGACCUUGUUCCUCUUCCCAUGGUGUGUUUGUGAUUUCAGGCGCCGCGGCCACUCCUCUGGAUCCUCCCAUUCUGGCUCCAGUUCAAAAAAGAAAUAACUUUAUUACAGCCUUUAAGACAAACAAGAAAAGGAACUUGAGUACAAGUGCAUGUUAUGUUGCAAAGAAAGCAGCCACAUCCGUACAGUAUGCUGUUCAUUUUCAUAGAAUCUCCAAAGUCUUACUUCCCUCAGCAAAAAAAGAAGGACAGCAGAAACAUACUUUUUUCUGCCGUUUAUCAUCAUGACAUGCCCCCCUCCUUUUUAUUUUUAAAACCACACUCUAAUCUGUGACAAAUGUCUGUAACUAUAGGUGUCCAAUAAACAUAAAUGUUUGGUCCUAUAAGAAAAUCAGAUAUACUGUGAAGAGGCUGUAUCCAAUUCUAAACCCAUCCUGCACACUAUCAUAGUGGCAGUACAUUUGAUUCUGCCCAUCUUUGGGGAAAUUAAACUUUUAAAAAAUGUAUUACUUUAAAUUUUCUUUGGCCCUUGAAAACAUCUGAGAAUGUGUUUUGAAAAAAGCCAGUUUUAAGUUCCUCAUGAUUUGUUUUGUUUUUUAAAGUAAAUGAAAUCAUUCUUCCUUUUUUAAAAUAAAAAAUAAGUGAAGUACCUAAGCACCAAUUUAUAAUAACAGAUGUAGCAAUGAAUUUUGGCCGUUUGUUGUAUUAUGUUGAUAAAUAUAUAUAUUUUGUGUUUUCAAGGUAAGUAUUUUACUUUUUGAUAUUCAUAAAUGGCAGAAAGUUCAAGUUUAGGUGUUUUUGUUUUUGUUUUUCACACAAUUGUGGCCUACUUUACAACUUAGCUAUUCCUCUUCAUUUGUCACUUGGGAAACCAAUUGAGUCAAUAAAUGAUCAAUUUCAAUGCUCCAGAUUAGUGCUGCAAGAGUAACAAAAAGCAUAUGUCCAGAUUAAAGUUAGAAUGUGGCAAUCCAGUCCUUUUAUUGGUGAAACAACUCAAAUGUACACGUGUAAAUAAAAUCCUGUUGACAUUG